GUGUGUGUGUGUGUGUGCGCUGUAGCAGCAUGGCCACUAACUCCAACACAUGCUGCAGUAUUUUAGUAUCUGUAAUUACCCACAUCUCAGCACCCCUCAGCUCUGGGAAGAGUGGAUCCCUGCUUACUGUGGCAAACACUAUAGUGAAUUUACUACAAAGCUGGUAGACUUACUCAACUCUAAGGAAGGCCUAGUCUUCUCCCCUCUCCUCCAGCCAGACCACUCUGCUCAACUCUCACAUAGACCUAGUCUUCUCCCCUAUCCUCCAGCCAGACCACUCUGCUCAACUCUCACAUAGACCUAGUCUUCUCCCCUAUCCUCCAGCCAGACCACUCUGGCUGGAGGACAGACAAGGUGAAGAUGUUGAUGAGGGGUGGAUCAUGGGUGGGUGGUUGGGUGCAUACCGCCCUGUGCAGUCUGGCCUUGCAACUACGACACCAUUCAUCUAUCCAACCGUCUUAUCUGUCUGUCCAUCCAUCCUCCAUCUCCACUCCCCCUGUUUCCAUGCACCCACGAUGAAAGAGCUGCACCAGGCAGUACCCUACCACCCCCUCCACAGCAGCAGGCCACUUGGCACUAACAUAAGCUGUCGUGUCUCCCUGAGGCCGGAGUGUGCCAGGCGACAGCUGCAUGGAUCGGGCCCCGUGCCCCGCCUGCCUAUUAGCCGCCUGUUAGACCCCACUGGUUGGCCCUGGCUGGUCUCUGAGGGCCGGGGCCACGCGGGGGCCACUCUGUUCUCCUCAAUGGGAGCAUUGUUCUGGGGAGCGCUGGAUAAGCCCCCAUAUCAGAGCUAGAAGAGUCGUGGAGCUUGAUCAGAUGAGCUUGAUAUGAUGGUUGGGUGAAUGUGGGUCCAUAUGAAACUACUCUCUCUUGACGGCCUAAAUGGACUAACUGAUUUGGCUCUGUGUGUGAGGUCAAUAUGACAUGAAAUUGACCUUGCUGCAGACUCAUGGGGAGAAAAAUACAAUCAUUACCUGGCUUCCCAGGCAAGGUGCAUGAAGAAAUAUUAAGCUACUCUUUUGGAGAGGAGAAUGGAAUGUGAUGAAUUGCAUGCUGCUGGGCCGAUAUUCACACAUCAUCUCCAAGUAGAAGUGCUAAUCUAGGCUGAGUUCUCUGCACCUUUUACUGUGGAGUUGUCCAGCGUGGGCGUAGAUUAGAAUCCAUGUAAUUGGGGGUGAUUUACUCUGUCACGCUGUGCAUUGGCCAAAGAGCACGGUUCUGGUUGCUGCAGUGGCCAACCUGACACCCAGGCCACUGUGAGUUACUACAGGGAUGCCACUAAACCUGACCUCUGCACAGGGACCCACAAUGGUCUUGACUCCCAAAAGCACUGGACAAAAAUAAGUCUUCUGAGAAAGUUAACUGGAAUAAUAUUCUCUUCUCUUGUGGGUGGCAUUCUUUCCCCCCUGUCUCAUCACCCCAGAAUGAACACCAUGUUAGGAGAAAUUAGUACCAUUUGCUUCAACUAAGUUGCAGUAACGUUACUGCUUUCCCUCUGUUGUAUCCCUUCCCAGAGAUCAACACCUGCGUGUUUCCUCACAUGCCAGCAGAGGGAGCUCUUGUCUUGACUUCAGUCUCUGCCAAGGACAGCUAUGGGUUGAUAGGUUUAGCUCAAAGUGUCAUUUUAGAAAUGGACUGUUUUUGAUUAGUGCCAAAUGCUCCAAACCGUUAUGGAGUCUAAACCCUAUUCUCUAUUGAAGGUCAUGGAUAAGACACUCUGAAUAUGAGAGACCAUAGAUCCCUUAGGUCAGGAGAGUAGCAGCUUAGUGCUCUUCUCCUCUAAUAGAUUUUUUUUAAAGGAGAUUAGUCUUAAAGUACCUCUAGUUGAUGUCCCACUUGUACAUCCCUUACCACUUAGCCUCACUGCAGCACUGUUUCCAAAGUUGUAUCAAGACAAAAAUAUUUAAGAUGUGUGUGUGGUGCAUGCGUGCGUGAGUGUGUUCACUCAGUAGUGCUCCAUCAGCUGCUUACCGGUGCUCCUGUACCAGAGUACCGGAGGGCCAGAGUGGCCGGGCGGGAGCUGGCUUGGCUAGCGUGUUUUUGUUGAUGUUGGAGGGGAGUAUCAGGCUCUGCUAGAUGUCCCAGACAGUCCAGCACUGCCUUCGCUAAAAACAAACUGUUGGGGCUUCUAUUCAUCCACUGAUUGGAUGGACAAGAGCCUGUCUCCAGAAAUCACUAUAAUCCUCUUAGAUAAAACAAACCCCUCAUCCAAUCCUCCGCUUCGAUCCCUCCCUCCCUCCUCCUCUCUACUCCCCUCCCUCUAUCCACCCCUCCCUUCCUCUCUCUCUCCUAUCCCCUUGUCGGUUGGGGUGGGGAGUUUUAAUCCAAGUAGAUUAUGCCCUAAAUUGGGUGACUGUCAGAGAAGGCAGCGUCGUCAAAUCAAUGGCUGCUACAUGCGUCCCUCCUGCCUCUAUCUCUGGAUAUUUUCAUCUGGCCGUUGAUGUUGUCAGUGUGACGGCACAACUGUCUGGUCUGGUCUCUGCGUAACCUUUUCAUCUGCUCUGGGCUACCAGGGACCAGGAGGGGAUCCUUCACCGGCAGGACGCAGGGGCACUACAGCACUCUAGAUCCAUGUGAAUGACCACUGCAUGCUGAACUUCUGAUGAAUACUUGUUAGAAUGUCUUGGUCAUGGUUGAUGGACAGGUCACAGUGAUCUAAAUACUGCCUCUUCACUGUGUGUUAUUGGAGUGUUUUAUAACUUCUGAUCUUCCAACACCAGAAGGCAACAGGAGCAGGUUGUGGUGCUUUAGGAUUGUAAAGAGGAGAGGUUGACCUGUGGUUUUGAGAGGAUGAGAAAAUAAGGAGAGAAAGGGUUGGAGGAUGACAGGAUCCAGACACCGGAUAUUCACGCACACUGAGGAGAAGAGCAGACUGGGUCACACAUUCAACACAGUCAAAAAUAACGUCAGAGUCUUCCACUUCCUUUAGUUGACAUGAGGAAACUUAACCCUAACCCUGCAGAUUCAUUGGGAUGUUCCUCAAUAAUUUCCUGAGGUUUGCUGAUCCUGAAGUGUGUUGUUGUUGUUUUGUUGUGUGCUGACUGAGAUAUUGGAGAGGAGCCAUAGCCAGCGGACCCGUACGGAUGUCCUCCUCAGGCGACACAGUGGACCCGGGCAGGAUGGGACUACAACCCAGAGCCAGAUCAGGUGGAGAAACCAACAGGCUGGGACCCAGAGGGACCCCCUCAAGGCUGAGGCUGGGACCCAGAGGAACCCCCACAGGGUUGAGGCUGGGACCCAGAGGAACCCCCACAGGGUUGAGGCUGGGACCCAGAGGAACGCCCACAGGGCUGAGACUGGGACCCAGAGGAACGCCCACAGGGCUGAGGCUGGGACCCAGAGGAACCCCCACAGGGCUGAGGCUGGGCCUGUGGAUCCUGUGUUUCAGCUGGUUCUGCUUCACUGCUCACGCUCAGAUGAAGAUACCGCCUGAGACGGUCCAGUUUUGGGCCAAUAUCCUUUCAGUGCAACUACGCGAGACUACCACAAGAUACUCUGGAGCUAACAUUCUACAAAAGAAACUGAAAGAUGUGGAGUCCAUUAUUAAGAUAGUGGACAUCGAUGGGAGAGAUCAAGUGAGGGACUUUGCAGAGGACAUGGAGAGAAUGCUGGGGUCCAAGAUGAAGUCAGUUAAGAGGUUGGCUGAGUCUGCGGAGGAUGCAGAUUUGUACCACGACUUCAACAAAACGCUAGAGUUUGACUACUAUAACUCCAUGCUGGUGAACACAGCAGAUGAAGAUGGUAACUUCAUAGAGCUAGGUGGUGAGUUUCCUCUGGAGAAGAAUGAGCAUUUCAACAACCUGCCAGUCAACACAAUGCAGAGUGACGUACAGGUUCCAACCAACGUCUACAACAAAGAUGCCUACAUCCUCAAUGGAAUCUACUGGUCGGAGGCUCUGAAUGACGUGUUCAUGAACAACUUCCAGAAAGACCCCACCCUCACCUGGCAGUACUUUGGCAGCUCCUCGGGAUUCUUCAGAAUCUACCCUGGUAUCAAAUGGACUCCAGAUUCGAAUGGUGUGGCUGCGUUUGACUGCAGGAACCGUAACUGGUAUAUCCAGGCUGCCACCUCACCAAAGGACAUUAUUAUCGUGGUGGACAUCAGUGGCAGUAUGAAGGGUCUAAAGAUGACCAUCGCCAAGCACACUAUCAACACCAUCCUGGACACACUGGGGGAGAACGACUUUGUCAACGUCAUCGCUUACACUGACUAUGUGCGCUACGUAGAGCCAUGCUUCAAAGGCACCCUGGUGCAGGCUGACUUGGACAACCGCGAGCAUUUUAAGGUGCUAGUGGAUGAGCUUCACGUGAAGGGAGAGGGAAAAGUUGCAAAGGCCAUGAAAGAAUCCUUCAAAAUCUUGAACGAGGCUGCGACUAAUGGCCAGGGCAGCCUGUGUAACCAGGCCAUCAUGCUGAUCACAGAUGGAGCCAUGGAGGACUUCAAAGACGUGUUUGAAGAGUUCAACUGGCCUGAUCGCAGGGUGCGCCUCUUCACUUACCUUAUUGGCAGAGAGAUGACCUUUGCAGACAACACCAAGUGGAUCGCCUGCAACAACAAGGGUUACUACACACACAUCUCCACUCUGGCUGACGUGCAGGAGAAUGUCAUGGAGUACCUUCACGUCCUGAGCCGACCAAUGGUCAUCAAUCACAAUCAUGACAUCAUCUGGACCGAGGCUUACAUGGACACUGUGCUCUUUGCCACAAAGGCUCAAAGUUUACUUCUCAUGACCACGGUGGCAAUGCCUGUCUUCAGCAAGAAGAAAGAGACGCUGAGCCAUGGGAUCCUGCUGGGGGUGGUGGGUUCUGACAUCCCCCUGUUGGAGGUAAUGAAGCUGGCUCCCAGAUAUAGGCUGGGUCCCCAUGGUUACGCUUUCCUCAUCACCAACAAUGGAUACAUCCUGGCACACCCUGACCUACGACCUCUGUACAAAGAAGGUAAGACGCUGAAGCCCAAGCCUAACUACAACAGUGUGGACCUGGCUGAGGUGGAGUGGGAGGACAUAGAUGAGACACUAAGGACAGCCAUGGUGAAAGGGGAGAUGGGCACUCUGUCUUUAAACGUGAGAGCAUCUGUGGACAAAGCGAAAAGGCCUUUGUUCUUAACAAAUGACUAUUUCUACACAACCAUCAACGACACCCCAUUCAGUUUUGGUAUGGUUCUGACAAGGGGUCACGGACAGCUGAUGUUCAUGGGGACAGUCUCUGUGGAAGAGGGGCUGCAUGACCUGACGUCCCCUGAUUUAUCCAUAUCCAAUGAGUGGACGUAUUGUGAGACAGACAUUGAUCCUCACCACCGCAAAUACUCUCAGCUUCAGGCUGUCAUUCGCUACCUGCAGGGGAAGGAGCCUGACCUGGAGUGUGAUGAGGUGCUGCUGCAGCAGACACUGUUUGAUGCCGUAGUGACAGCCCCCUUAGAAUCCUACUGGCAGGCCAUCAUGCUCAAUGCAUCUGGGAUGGAGGUGGGUGUGGAGACAGCCUUUCUGGGAACUCGCUCUGGCCUUAUCCGGCUCACCAGAUACACUGGCAUAGAGACCAGGGUCGCCAAAAAGUUCCUGACUCCAGCUGAUAAGGACAACCUGUUUACCGUGGACCAUUUCCCCCUGUGGUACCGCUUGGCCAUGGAGAACCCCCCUGGACGCUUCGUCUACUACAUCCCUGUGGAGGACAAAGACAACAGAGACAAGACAGGGGCGUCAAAGUAUGUCAUAGCCGCCACAGCUGUGACUGUGUCAUCGGGAGGCAAGAUGGCCAUGGCUGGAGCCAUUGGGGUGCAGAUGUCCUUGGAGAUGCUGGAGAAGAGGCUAUGGACCAUUGCCUUUCAGCCUGCUGACACAGACUGUACUGAAGUGGAAGGUGUCUGCCCUCUCAGCUGUCAGAGCACUGAUGUCAACUGUUUCCUUGUGGACAGCAACGGCUUCAUCAUAGUCUCUAAAGAGAGGUCAGAGGUCGGACGUUUCUUUGGGGAAGUGGACGGGUCUGUGAUGGCAGCGUUGAUUAAGUCGGGCAUGUACAAGAAGGUGUCGUUGUAUGACUACCAGGGAAUGUGCAGAUCAGGACACAGUCAUUCCAGUAGUGCUCGCCCUCUGCUCAGCCCUUUCUAUGGUCUUGCUGCAGUGAUUAAAUGGUUCUUCUCUCACAUGUUGAUGUUCUUACUGGAGUUCAACUUCUGUGGGCUAUGGCACUCGGAUUACGUUGUAGACGCCAAGGCUGGCUACCAUACAUCCCAUAAAGCAAAGAGGAUGGACGCGUUGCAGCCGUGUGACACAGAGUACCCUGGCUUCAUGUUAGACAACUCCAUCAAAGAGACCAACAGCCUCCUCAAAUGUGGACGCUGUCAGAAGAUGUUUGUGGUGCAGGCAGUCCCUGACAGUAACCUGGUGUUGAUGGUGGUUCAGGCGGACUGUGACUGCUCCCGGCAGUACUCCUCCAUCACCCUGGAGCCCAAAGAGGUCAAAUACAACGCAUCAGUCAAGUGUAACAGGAUGAAAUCUCAGAAAGUCCGGCGGCGCCCAAAGUCCUGCCAUGCCUACCAUCCUAAAGAAAAUGCCAAGGACUGUGGAGGAGCUUCAGAGAUCAGCCUAUCGGUGGCCCUCUUCUUGACUUCUCUGGCCACCUCAUUGGCCCUGCGCAGAUGGACUUAACCAGGCUCCAUCUCUCUUAUGGCCUGUGGUUCUCAGAUGGACAUGAGAAUGCAGACUAAACAAUCUUAACAUUCCGUUUUUGUACAUUUUCUCAAAGACCUAUAACUACGUAAAUAACCCACUAGCACAGUAGUUCAAGUCAACUCUGGAGUAACAAUAAAAGGGCUAUUUUCUUGUAAGACUCAUUUUCCCACACCGAUAGAGAAAGAAACUAACCAGUCCUAACAAAUGCCUCAAUUUAUUUUGUACGAGCCAUGGGAUAUGAGUUUGUGGACAUGUGAAUCGAAGGGAGAGACUGUUAUUUUUAUGGAGACACUGAUAUGGUAGAACGAUUUCAGCCCUCUACUGGGCAAUCCAUCUUAGUGCAGACUGAAGGACAACCACCCUGACAACCUCACUCAGCUGGAGAACUGUUGCCAUAAUAUGCCCAUCAACAGGAAAAUAGGAACAUUUUCUCAUAUUUAUCUCAUUUUUAUACACAGUAACAUUAAGAUGUACUGUAUUGAUACUGUUGUUUUUUUGUAUGUUGGAAUGAACUACCGUACCAAAACUUUGUGCUACAAAAGAGGAAGGAAUAUUCAUUUGUAAUUUAUAAGCAAUAAUGUAUGUCAUGACACUGGUGAUUUGAAUUGAACAUGCUGGUGACUAUUCCCUCAGAACUGAGAGGUGAGAUCUAGUAUAGUUUAUGAUUACUGGUACGCAUGAAGCUUUACCAAAUCAUUGUCAGGGGGAGGAGACUGUUAAACAACAAUAACCUAUUGUCAAAUGUGAAUCAGAACAUUUCAUUUUUUUCUGUCUUAUUCCCUACCCCACUGGACACAGGGCUCAAUAAAAUCCGUAUCGCCGUAGUCCAGCGCAGUAGCUCCAAUUGAGCUGACAUAUGCAGCGUUUACUGUGAAUGCAGUCUCCUCAAAAGCGGGAACAUUGCCUUUAAAUUGAAAUUGCGCUGUAGCGACGAAUUACGGCGAUACGGAUUGAAUUGAGCCCAUACUUACAUGAGAAGCUGAGAGCAGCACAGGAUCAUCCACAGAGCAGCAUUAUCAAAUCAAUCACAUUUUAUUGGUCACAUACAAGUGUUUAGCAGAUGUUAUUGCGGGUGUAGCGAAAUGCUUGUGUUUCUUGCGCCGAAAUUAGGGGUUAAGUGCCUUGCUCAAGGGCACAACGGCAGUAGGUGGCACCUGAGAUGUUGAUGCCAGCAACCCUCUGGCCCAGUUCUUCCCUGUAAAAUUAUUACAAGCUCACUGUUGGUAAACAUGAUGUAUUUCAAUAUGUGAAUCAUCAAAACGAUCUGCAUAUAGUAGCUAGGACUACAUAUAAAUGAGAUGCCAUAGGUGCUUUGAGAUAUUGAGGACUAUUACAAUAUAUUGAAUAUUUAAAAUAUGGUAUGUUGUAUCUUAUUCAUUGUUGUCCCCUAUAAGAGCUAGACCAAUAAGAAACUGAUACCUGAAGGACAUUUUCUGUGACGUGUGCAAAUGGUUGGUGGCAGUUGGUACUGGAAACACACUGAUACUGAGGAAAUU